AUGGUUCAAGAAGAAAAUCUAGAAGCGAGACCCGAAGAGUAUAUGGUAAUGGAAUAUGAGGAUGGUGAAUCUGAAGAGGAGUCAGAUAAAGGAGAAGACAUUAAGGAAACGCCUAAUGAACCCUACCCUUCGGAGACCCCACCAGACCAGCACAAGGCGGUCGUUCGAGCAAGGCAGAUGGAAGAUGUGAUUACUCAGGAGGAGAACGAAUUGGCCGAACUUCUGGUGCGUCAGCUCGACAUUUGA